AUGGAAGGUUCUGCAACUUCUGUAGCCCUUCUCUGUCUCUUCUUAAGCAUCUCCUCAUACAUGAAAACUUGUUCAGGCCAAGGGGACGAUAUGGAGUUCAUUAAGACUUCAUGUGGAGUGACUCUGUAUCCAGAUUUGUGCUUCCAGACACUCUCUGCCUAUGCUACCAGUGUUCAUGGGAGUCCAAGAAGAUUGGCUCAAGUGGCACUCAAGGUCAGCCUAAGGAGCGAUCGAUCGAGUUCAGACAGGGUAGUGAGCUUAUCAAAAGAAAAUGAAAUGAGUCCUAGGGAAGCAGCAGCUGUUGCAGACUGUGUGGAGAUGAUUGGUGAUUCUAUGGACGAGCUUCAACAAUCCUUGAAGGAGAUGAAACACUUAUCUGGUCCUGAUUUCUAUCAAAAAUUAAGCAACAUACAGACAUGGGUUAGUGCUGCUUUAACAAAUGAGGAUACUUGUAUGGAUGGAUUUGAAGGAGACGCCAUGAAUGGAAAUAUCAAGAACAUAAUUAGGAAUUGUAUUCUGAAUGUUGCUCAGCUUACUAGCAAUGCCUUGGCUCUAAUUAAUAAGUUGUCUUCAACUCAAGCCAAUGAGCAUCAAACUGAUCAACAACAUCCAUGA